CCUCCAUUUUAUUAUUUCUGGAAUACAACUGUGCGCGCCACGUAUUUGCUGUGUGAUUCGUUUUGACGAUUUCGAUUCGAUUUGUUUUUUUGUUUGUAUUUUAUGAGUGUGUUUCGCAUUCUGGGGUAUAAUAUUGUAGCAGCAGCGCUUCUUUUUCCUUUUUCUCGAUUUGUAUAUAGAGCUCGUGCGACUGCUGCUCGAGUAGGUAGCAUUGGAUGUUGAUUGUACAACAUUUUAUUCGUAUACGGUCGUUCUAUUCGAUUACGUCGUUUUAUUUUGGUGUAAUUUUCGAUUUGUCUGUUACGAAUUUCUGUGACCGGUAGCGUGUGAGAAUUCGGUUUUUUUUGUGGAGGGUUGAAUUUUGAAAAUUUAUAUUUCGAGUGUUGCAAACAGGUGAAAUAAAUUGAAAUGUUUUAUUGACACACGGUUGUACGAAUUGUUCGUUUAAUUGAAAAAGAAAAAGAAAACUUUUUUUUUUUAAAUUCGUAUUGUGAAUGUGAAUCGGUUAAUAUUGAUGGACAAGACAAUCGUCUCUCGUACAUAUAAAUUGAGCAAAAUCAUAAAUUGAUGAAAACUGUGUGUGAAAACAUUGCUGUGUGUGGGAAAAUUCGAGAGCACAUAUUACCUAUAAAAUAGUUCUUUGAUUUUGAGAUGAAACGACGAUGGUAGGUGUAGAGACACCCUCUUCAUCCGUUACCCCUUUGCAUUCAUUGAACUCUUGCACGUUUUGUGAUUGGGAUUUAGCUGUCUCUUUCGGAAAUAUUACCGCAUCCGACCAAUACCAAUUGAAUAUAUAGCAAAAAGCAAAGCGCAAUAGCAAUCAUAGAAUUGAAAUAAACGAAAAUCUUUACCAACUUUACCACUGCUCGAAUCAAAACAAAUUCAACUUGCGUUCGGAUCAGUAUGAUAAUUCUGAAUUUUGAAUUGAAUCAGCAAUUAAACGAAAGGAAGAGAUAACGCGUGUGGGGUGCACCUAAAUUCUAAUUUAUUAAAAAAAUUGAAUUAAGUGAGUGUGUGUUGAUCAGGUGUGCUUCACUGACGGGAUAAUCGGGUGAGAAUUCUAAAGAGAUUUUGUACUUAAGUAAACUUUAUUAAAUAAUUUCCUUUAGAAUCGAAUCAAGUGGAACCAAUAUAUAAGUUCAAAAGUGCACUCAAAAUGAAUUUUCGUAAAAUGAAAAUGAGUGAAAAUAAAAAUCAAUUUUAGUGAUAUCAAGUUAGAGCACGAAAUAUUUAACAGCCAAAAAGCCAAAAAAAAUUAUCAGCGAAGGAAAACAAAAUUCUUUUCAAUCUGUGAAAUCAGUGCUUCGAACUGGCGAGUUUAGCAAACUACUAUCCGCUGCCACUGGCUAGCAGAUAUUUUGCUGAACAAGCGAGUGCUUACAAUAAGAUACGUUUAACUCCGAUGAGUAUGGACUCGGCAAUGGAUUCACUAUCCACAACUAGUGAACACAGUGUUGCAUCAUCCACCGAAGCCAACAUCAAUAUCAAAUCAUCGCUCAGUCCGGCAAUAAACAACAACAACAACAGCAGCAACGCUUCAUCCAAUCACACAUCAUCACACAAUCAUCACAACAAUCGCAGUCCGACACCAGUCAGCCCGCCGAUAAUCGGUCGACACCAUCAGUCUAGCCCAUUGGCUAGCGGUGGGCCACACAUGAUGCCUAUGCCUCAUCCUCUUAGUCCGCCACAAGUCUCAACACCGAACAGUAUAGCUGCCAUGGGACCACGAAUGGCACAAAGUCUACCGCAUCUGCCGCCCCAUGGACUAGGCCUAUUGAAUUCACUGCAAAUGAUGCACCAUGCCAAUCCAUUGGAAUUGAUGGCAGCUGCCCAUCAUCACGGUCCACCUCGUUCGUAUAACAGUCCACCUCCCAUAUCAACAUCAGAUCCAACCGCAAACGAAUGUAAAUUAGUUGACUAUCGUGGUCAGAAAGUUGCCGCGUUCAUAAUAGCCGGUGACACAAUGUUAUGUUUACCCCAGGCGUUUGAGUUGUUCUUAAAACAUCUCGUCGGGGGAUUACACACAGUUUAUACAAAAUUGAAGAGGUUGGAUAUUGUUCCGCUUGUUUGUAAUGUUGAGCAAGUGCGGAUUUUAAGAGGAUUAGGUGCCAUACAACCAGGAGUGAAUCGAUGCAAAUUGCUGUCCUGCAAGGAUUUCGACAUACUCUACAGGGACUGCACAACGGCCAGAUGCUUGUCGGUUAAGCCGCCUGAGAGCUCCAGGCCUGGACGACCGCCAAAACGUGGACCUGUUGGACUAUCAUUACCUGCUAGUCAUCUAUCACAUCAUCCGCAAUUGAAAAAACAUCGGCUCGACAAUGGCGAUUAUCCUUAUGAAAAUGGACAUUUGAAUGAUAUGUCACGACUAGAGAAAUCACCACUUUUAGCUAACGGAUAUAACCCACCACCUCACUUAAACCAUAUGCAGUUCAUGCAAAUGAAUCAUCAUCCUGGUGCUAUGAUGAGUCCUGGACUACCACCUCAUGGCAUGACCCGGCCGGACGGUACAAUGAUGAAAGGUCAACCAGGAAUGCCGGGAAUGGAUGCAAUAGCCAGAUCUGGUAUAUGGGAAAAUUGUAGAGCUGCUUAUGAGGACAUAGUCAAACAUUUAGAGAGAUUACGCGAGGAAAGAGGAGACGAACGGAGUCAUAGUAUAGAUCCGAAACCAAGGGAUCUCAGUUCACAAAACGGUUCAUCAAAUGGACACAGUCCUGUGCUAAAUCUAUCAAAAUCCGGUGGUUUAGACCAAGGAAGUACGGGUGAUCAAAGCGACCGAAGUGAAGGUCAUUCGCCACCGCCAUCGAUUCGUGACGAAGAGGAAAAUAUCAGCGAUGACAAUGUAUCCGAUGUUGAUGAACGAGAAGAAAAAGAAGAAGAUCUUAGCGAAACCGAACGUGAUAUGUCUAUUCAACAGCAGCCUACAUCGGCGCCCAAUUCAGAUUCUCAUCAGCAGGCAAUAAAUUAUUCGUCAUUGGCAGCGACAGCAGCCGCUGUGGCGGCUAGUGGUGCAAAGUCAUCGGUACCCGGUCCGGAUCAACAAAAUCUAUCAUCGACGGAAACGUUGCUGCGAAACAUCCAAAGUUUAUUAACUGUUGCUGCGGACAAUGCCCGACAACAAGAGCGACAGAUUAGUUAUGAGAAAGCUGAACUGAAGAUGGACGUCUUACGGGAACGGGAAUGUAAAGAUUCGAUGGAAAGACAGUUUUCAGAUGAGAGGAAAUUACGUGUUUUGUAUCAAAAACGCUUCAAAAAGGAGCGCAAAGUGCGCGUACGUUUACAACAACAAUUGGAAACGGAAUUGAAGAGGCGUAGUCAAAUCGAAGAUGCACUGAAGGCAUCCGGUGCUCCAGCUGAAGCUUUACGAAUUAUUUCCGAGAGUCAAUCAUCCGAUCGUCGAAACGAUCAACGCCCAGCGUCGGCCGAUCGCCGAACUGAAAGCCCAUACACACAAUCAUCCAAUCGUGAGCGUGACCGCGAUCGAGAUACGGCAUCUGUUCCCACAUCGCAAGCAUCACAACAAUCAAAUCAACAAACACAACCAACUGCCGAUGGUAAACCGUGGAACUAUCCGGGAUUGGAUUUAAUGGCAACUGGAGCAUUUUGGCAAAAUUAUUCAGAAUCCCUAGCACAAGAAAUCGAAUUGGAACGAAAGGCUCGCCAACAGACCAAUGACCGGGAUGUGAAAAGUCCACUUCAGGAUCGACCAAAUUACUAUAAAAAUUCGGUUCUGUUCAGUAGUGCCACCUAGUUGACGGAGAAAUGUGAGGAAAAGGCGAAAAAAUAAUGAAAAAGAGAAAAGAAAAACAAAAGAAAUUCUCUUAAUCAAAGUGCAAUCGUUUCUGUAAUGGAGAAAACU